AUGAAAUUCCCAAUUGAAACCCCGAGGAAACAAGUUAACUGGGACCCCGAACAAGUGGCGGUCCAGAGCAACUUGGUACCUCCCAAGAAGGCCCAACCAGGCAUGGUGAAGUCCACCCUGGUCCAGGCCAGCGUGGCCACCAUGCAGAACCCAAUGGGCUGCGAGCCGAAAGCCAACGGCCACUGUGCCCUGCCUCGCCUGUCCAUCUCGUCGCGCUCGGCCAGCGUGGUGGCCAGCAUGGACGCCAGCUGCGACGGCUCGCUUGCGGCGCUACACUCGGUCAUGAAGUGGAAGACGGUGCUGGCCGUCUUCAUCGUGGUGGUCCUGUACUUGGUGUGCGGUGGUCUGGCUUUCAGGGCACUGGAGCAGCCGUUCGAGAGCGACCAAAAGACCAGCAUCACCCUGGAGAAGGCUUCCUUCCUAUCGAGACACCCAUGUGUUACCCCUGAUGAGCUAGAAGCUCUUAUCAAGCAUUCCAUCGAUGCCGUGAGUGCUGGUGUGAGUCCUUUAGGAGACACAUCCUACAACUCCAGUUACUGGGACCUGGGCAGCGCUUUCUUCUUCGCCGGAACUGUCAUCACUACCAUCGGUUAUGGAAACAUCGCUCCCAGUACAGAGGGCGGCAAGAUCUUUUGCAUCCUUUAUGCCAUUUUCGGCAUUCCUCUGUUUGGCUUCCUGUUGGCUGGGAUUGGAGAUCAGCUGGGCACCAUCUUUGUGAAAAGUAUUUUGAGAGUAGAGAAAAUCUUUAGGCAAAAACACAAACAGAUCAGCCAGACAAAGAUCCGGGUGACAUCAACCAUCCUCUUUAUUUUUGCUGGUUGCAUCGUCUUCGUCACUGUCCCGGCUGUCAUUUUUAAACACAUCGAGGGCUGGACUACGCUGGAGGCCAUCUACUUUGUUGUCAUCACUCUCACCACAGUGGGGAUCGGCGACUAUGUGGCUGGCGGAAACCGCAGGAUUGACUACAUGAAGUGGUACAAGCCACUGGUGUGGUUCUGGAUCCUGGUGGGCUUGGCUUAUUUUGCGGCUGUCCUCAGCAUGAUUGGAGACUGGCUUCGAGUGUUGUCAAAGAAAACCAAAGAAGAGGUUGGAGAAUUUAAAGCUCAUGCAGCUGAAUGGAAGGCGAACGUUCGUGCUGAAUUCAGGGAGACGCGGCGGCGUCUGAGCGUCGAGAUCCAUGACAAGUUGCAGCGGGCUGCCACCAUCCGAAGCAUGGAGCGCCGCCAGCUCGGCCUGGAGCAGCGGGCGCACUCUUUGGACAUGCUUUCCCCAGAGAAGAGGGCAGUUUUUGCCAGCCUAGAUGCUGGCCGUUUCAAGACUUCGUCCCAGGAGAGCAUCGACACCAAGCUGAACAACCUCCGCCUGAAAGGCGCAUGCGAGCCCUAUGAGCACCGCUGUGGCGAGCAGACGCAGCAGACGGCGUCCUCUUCGGAGGAGAACCUCUUCAACCUGCGCUUUGGCUCACUCACUAAGUUGGGCAGGCGCAGCAAGAACCGCGAGAUCCGGAGGAACAUCCCUGGGGACUCUCGACGGGCCAGCGUCAGCGUGAGCAACGGGAACGUUAUGGUUGAUGAAGAGCGGGGCGAAGGAGUGGAAGAAGAUGGUGAGCUAGAUGAGGAAAAUCAGGAGAGGAAAGAGAGGAACACUAGUUUGACAAACCUGUCUCAGUAUUCUAUGGAGCGCUCAAAGUUGAACGGACGUAUUCCAGAGCUAUCUAAACACCAGAACGAUUAG